AUGACUCUCUCUACACCCAGCAUGGAUCCCGCCGUCCUCAUCGCCGAAGAAAGCAGCCCCGCCCAGACCUUCACCACCUUCACAGCCUCGACCGCCUGGACACUCGGCACAGCGCUGCGCACCCGCAUCCUCUCCCUCCCUGACUUCCAACGCAGACCUGCCUUGAUCUCAAUCGCCCUCGCCACGGCGCCCAGUGGCGGCGGUAGCCUGCACACGCUUUUCCAGUGCGUUACGGAGAGCGGCACGAUCCCCGAUAACGAGAACUGGGUCCGGCGUAAGCGGAACACGGUUCUGCGAUGGGGCUUGUCUAGCUGGGCGAUGCGGCAGAAGGUGAUCUCGGGAGUCAAGACCUCGGCGGCUGAUGUGGUUGAGGCGGCAUUUGUGAAAAAGUAUGCGCUGGCUAGUGGGAAUGGGGGCGCGGUGGCGGAUGAGUAUGCUAUUCAUGGUGGGGGGGGAGUGGAAGGUGUGGUUGCCGUGGUGGUUGUCAGUGGACUGAAGCAGGAGGAUGAUCAUCAGGUUGUUGCCGAAACGAUUCGAGAGGUUAUUGCACAGGGGAACUAA